AUGGGGCGGGCAUCAGGUCCGGAUGGAGGCAUCCUGGCCCUGGCCAGAGCCCCAGCAGGUGCCGCCGGGAUCCUGGCCGGACAUCCGAGGCCCCUGGAAAACAGCGGUGCUACCAGCAGCCGUCUCCCGGGGCUGCUGCGUGUACAUGGCCUGUCCUUGUUCUCCUUGCUAGGCGUCCUUCGCUGCUGUGUGGCGUACAACGUGGGCCUCCAGGACGCGAGGGUCUUCUCCGGGCCCGCCGACGCCCAGUUUGGCUACGCGGUGCAGCAGUUCGUCAACCCAAAAGGCAGCUGGUUGCUGGUCGGCUCGCCGUGGAGUGGCUCCCCGGACAACCGCAUGGGUGACGUGUACAGAUGUCCGCUCCACCUGCCCACGGCCUGCGAGAAGCUCAAUUUGCAAGCUUCCGUGAGCAUCCCCAACGUGACGGAGAUAAAAACCAACAUGAGCCUCGGCCUGACGCUCGCCAGGAACGCGGGCACCGGAGGGUUUCUCACAUGCGGGCCCCUGUGGGCACAGCAGUGCGGAAGCCAGUACUACACCACCGGGGUCUGUUCCGAUGUCAGCCCCGACUUCCAGCUCUUGGGCAGCUUCUCACCGGCGGUGCAGACCUGCACUUCCUUCAUCGACGUGGUGGUUGUGUGCGAUGAAUCAAACAGUAUCUACCCCUGGGUGGCAGUAAAGAACUUUCUGGAAAAAUUUGUGCAAGGCCUGGAUAUAGGCCCCUCGAAGACACAGGUGGGGCUCAUUCAGUACGCCAACGAGCCCCGAGUGGUGUUCAACCUGAACACCUUUAAAACCAAAGCUGAGAUGACUGCAGCCACAUCCAGGACGGUCCAGAAGGGCGGGGACCUCACCAACACGUUCAAGGCCAUUCAGUUCGCAAGAAACUCUGCUUACACGGCAGCUGCCGGCGGCCGGCCGGGCGCCACCAAGGUCAUGGUGGUAGUCACCGACGGCGAGUCGCACGACGGCUCCAUGCUGAAGGAGGUGAUCGCGCAGUGCAACGAGGACAGCAUCCUGCGGUUUGGCAUCGCGGUCCUCGGGUACUUAAACAGAAAUGCCCUCGAUACGAAAAACCUAAUAAAAGAAAUCAAAGCGAUCGCCAGCGUCCCCACCGAGAGGUACUUCUUCAACGUGUCCGACGAGGCCGCGCUGCUGGAGAAGGCGGGCACCAUCGGCGAGCACAUCUUCAGCAUCGAAGGCACCGUGCAAGGAGGCGAUAACUUCCAGAUGCAGAUGGCCCAAGUGGGGUUCAGUGCGGAUUACUCUCCCGAAAAGGACGUCCUCACGCUGGGUGCAGUCGGGCCUGACCAAAUUCUGCAAGACAGAAACCACAGCUCCUACUUAGGUUACUCGGUGGCGGCCAUCUCUACUGGAAAAGGGGUCCACUUUGUCGCGGGCGCCCCGCGGGCGAAUUACACGGGCCAGAUAGUGCUGUACAGUGUUAAUGAGAACGGCAAUGUCACAGUGAUUCAGGCUCACAGAGGCGACCAGAUCGGCUCCUAUUUUGGAAGCGUGCUCUGCUCCGUGGACGUGGACAAGGACGGCGUGACUGACGUGCUCCUGGUGGGUGCGCCCAUGUUCAUGAACGACCUGAAGAAAGAGGAGGGGAAAGUCUACCUGUUCACCAUCACAAAGGGCAUUUUGAACUGGCACCAGUUCCUGGAAGGCCCGGAGGGCGUGGAAAACUCGAGGUUCGGCUCUGCGAUCGCCGCCCUCUCGGACAUCAACAUGGACGGCUUCAAUGACGUGAUCGUCGGGUCGCCCCUGGAGCACCAGAACGCGGGAGCCGUGUACAUCUACAACGGCCACGGCCACACCGUCCGCACCAGGUUCUCCCAGAAAAUCCUGGGAUCCGACCGGGCCUUCCGGAGCCGGCUCCAGUACUUCGGGAGGUCCUUGGACGGCUAUGGAGACCUAAAUGGGGAUUCCAUCACCGAUGUGUCCAUUGGUGCCUUUGGACAAGUUGUUCAGCUCUGGUCACAGAGCAUUGCUGAUGUGUCUGUAGACGCUUCGUUUACACCAGAAAAAAUCACCUUGCUCAACAAGAAUGCGGAGAUCCGCCUCAAGCUCUGCCUGUGGGCGAGGUUCCGACCCGCCACGCCAAGCAGCCGCGUGGCCAUUACCUAUAACAUCACCAUCGACGCGGACCUGUACUCGUCCCGCGUGACCUCCCGGGGGCUGUUUAAGGAGAACAGUGACCGGUACCUGCAGAAGGACGCCACCGUCGGUCCAGGACAGACUUGCUCUGAGUUCGCCAUCCACAUACAGGAGCCCUCGGAUGUCGUCAACGCCCUGAGUCUCCUCGUGAACAUCAGCCUGGCCCACCCCGGCACCAGCCCCGCCCUGGAGGCCUACUCGGAGACGGCCAGGGUCUUCAGCAUCCCUUUCCACAAAGACUGUGGGGACGACGGCCUGUGCAUCUCCGACCUGGUGCUUGAGGUCCGCCAGCUGCCAGCUGCUCAAGAACAACCCUUUAUUGUCAGCAACCAAAACAAGAGGUUAACCUUCUCAGUGACACUGAAAAACAGAAGGGAGAGUGCGUACAACACUGGGCUCCGUGUGGAUUUCUCAGACAACCUGUUUUUUGCUUCCUGGUCCAUGCCGGUGGACGGGACGGAAGUGACGUGCCAGGUGGCUGCCUCUCAGAAGUCCGUGGCCUGCGAUGUCGGCUACCCCGCGCUGAAGCCAGAACAGCAGGUGACGUUUACGAUUAACUUCGACUUCAAUCUUCAAAACCUUCAGAAUCGGGCAUCUGUCAGUUUCCAGGCCUCCAGCGAGAGUGAGGAAGCCAACGAGGCAGACAACGCGGCCAACUUCACCAUCCGCCUGCUGUACGAUGCGGAAAUCCACAUCACCAGGUCGACCAACAUCAACUUCUACGAGGUCUCGGAUGGGCACGUUCCUUCCACGGUGCGCACCUUUGAUGACAUCGGCCCCAAGUUCGCCUUCUCCGUUAAGGUGACCACCGGCAGCAUCCCUGUGAGCAUGGCCUCCGUCCGCAUCCGCCUCCCCCAGCUCACCACCGACAAGAACCCGCUCCUGUACCUGACGGGCGUGCACACGGGCCAGGCCGGCGACAUCAGCUGCAGUGCCGACGUGGACCCGCUGAAAAUAGGACAGACGCCGGCUUCUGUGUCUUUCAAGAGCGAAACUUUCCGGCACCUCAAAGACCUGAACUGCAGGACCGCCCGCUGCGGGAACGUCACCUGCUGGCUGCGAGACCCGCAGGUGCGGGCCGAGUACUUCCUGAACGUGUCCACGCGCAUCUGGAACGGCACCUUCGCUGCCGCCACCUUCCAGACGGUGCAGCUCACGGCCUCGGCGGAGAUCGACACCUACAACCCGCAGGUCUACGUGAUCCAGGAGAACACGGUCACGAUUCCCAUCACAAUCACGAAGCCCCACGAGAAGGCCGAAGUCCCCACCGGGGUGAUCGUGGGAAGCGUCGUCGCCGGGAUCCUUCUGCUCUUAGCGCUGGUGGCCGUUCUGUGGAAGCUCGGCUUCUUCAAGAGGAAAUACGAGAAAAUGAUGAAGAAUCCAGACGAGGCUGACGAGACCAUGGAACUCAACAGCUGAGCGCUGGCCGGACCCCAUGGGACAGGCCGCCUCCUGCCAGCGCCUGCUGCGGGCCAGGCUUUGUUUUUAAACCAGGGCUUGGCGAGGUCUCAGGGGCACUAGUCUAAUAUUUUAUUUCAAGAAAACUGCAGGUCAGUUUGGAAAAAAGAACUGGGGAUGGGAGGGUGGGAACUUAGAGGUUUAUGUAAAGGACUUAUUUGCAGUGGGCAGUGUCCACGCCGGCUGGUCCCCGGUGCCCACGGUGACGGCGCCCUGUCGGAAGGGGACGUGCUUGCAGACACGGCGCGUCUUCCACAAAACA